AUGGCCCCUGUCCUCCAGCUUUACUUGUCCCCAUGCAACGAACCCUUAUGCCUUGCUGAGUGGCAGUAUCUCUCAGGAACUAAGAACGCCUACACUGCUGGCAAAUAUGUAUCCAAAGAGAAUGGAAAAGAGGGCAAUGCCAAGCAAGAGUCAGAAGAGAAUCCAUUCCACAAGUCAGAGAGGGCUACUGGCGGCGAUGUUUUUGACUGGAUCCUAGACCAGGGCUACUACACAGAGGAUGCCAGCAAUGUUGUGCGGCAAGUGCUGGAGGCAUUAGCUUAUUUACAUAAUCUGCACAUUGUUCACCGCAAUCUAAAGCUGGAGAAUCUUAUGUACUACAACCAGAAUAACCGCUCAAAAGUGGUUCUGCGGGAUUUCUAUCUCUCACGCUUUGAGAAUGGUGCCAUCACAGACCCAUGUGGGACCCCUGAAUACUUAGCUCCUGAAGUGGUUGCUCGGCAACGCUAUGGACGUCCUGUAGACUGCUGGGCUGUCGGAGUUAUCAUGUUAUUCUAUGUCUGGGAACCCCCAUCUAUGAUGACACAGAUGAUUGAAAAUAGCGACAGUCACAACCGCCGAAUCUUCCGCAAAAUUCUGGUGGGGAGUACGAUUUUGAUCUCCCAUAAUUGGGAUGAUAUCUCCGUCGCUGCUAAAAAAUUGGUGACGAGACUAAUGGAGGUAGAUCAAGACCAACGAAUCACAGCCCAAGAAGCCUUGGGACAUAUCUGGAUAUCGGGAAACAUUGCUUCCGAAAAGAACCUCAAAGAAGGGGUCUGUGCACAGAUUGAGAAAAAUUUUGCCAAGGCUAAAUGGAGGAAAGCCAUCCGAGUCACUACAUUCAUGCAACGUCUCCGGGCCACAGAUGUCAGUGGCCGCCUCCCUGUUACUCCUCGUACCUCUAUGAGCGUGGCUCACGAGGUCACCAUUGAAGCUCCCAGACUGGCUGAACAUUUGGAGACUCCAUGUUCACUAGAGGAGCAAGAGAGCAAGACAGAAGUAGUAGCUGCUGAGCAGAGAGAAUAA